AUGCAUGUCGCACCGGCGGGCCGGGCCGCCUUCGAUUAUCAGCAUCACACUCCAUCCCUAAUCAAAACCCCUCCUAUUACCCACAGAGUCCGACUCCAGAGCCAACACGAAACAGGAAAACGGUACCGCGGGACGGUACACUGCAUGACGAGUAUCGUGCGGGAAGAGCGGUUUCGAGGUCUCUACAAAGGCAUGGCGUCGCCGUUAGUCGGGGUAGCCGUUAUCAACAGUCUGUUAUUCGGAGUAUACGGCUACUUCUUACGACAUAUUGGAAGCGGGGAAGACUCGAUUUUGAGCAUCGCGGCCGCAGGAUCGGCGAGCGGGUUCAUCAAUGCGUUUUUCAGCUGUCCGAUGGAAUUAGUAAAAAUCCGCCUCCAAAACCAACGCGACGCGCCACCAACCGCAAGCGGCGCGCCCGGGAUCCCGAUGUACAAAGGACCCGUGGAUUGCAUGCAACAAAUAUACAGACAAGCGGGGAUACGAGGCUACUUCCGCGGAUUGGGGUGUACGAUCAUCAGGGAGACGCCGAGUUAUGGAGCAUAUUUCGCAACCUACGAACUCCUCUCCCGCGCCCUCAUCCCCGCCAACACCCCGCCGCAGUCCGAACCCUCGCUCAAACUCUUGCUUGCGGGGGGGCUCGCGGGCGUGUGUGCGUGGUUGUCGACGUAUCCGUUCGAUGUUGUUAAGACUCGAUUACAAUCCGCGGAAAACGAAUCCAAAAAAACCUACACAAGCACAUUCCAAUGCCUCCGCACGAUCGUGCGCGCCGAAGGGCCGAGCGUGUUGUUUUCCGGGUGGGCCGCGACGGCCGUAAGGGCGUUCCCGACGAACGCCGCGACGUUCUAUGCGGUUGGGUGGGCGAAGGUGUUGCUGGCGGGGGCGUUUGGCGCGGGGGUUGGCGCGGGGGUCGGUGUUGGGGCGUAG